AUGGCUGAGAAAGAAGGCGGUGUCUUUUACAACUUGCAAAGUUUACUAAAUCAAGAUUAUCGCGGUGUAAACAUAGCGGUAUAUGCACUUGCCACAGCAUCGCUAGCUUUUUCUAUACACAAAAUCCGUCCGAUUAGCAAGUUUUCGAAAGCCAGCAAAGUUCCUGACCAUUUUAUAAGAAAACAUGAACCUUUAAAAGGAGUGUAUGUUGGUGUACAACACUCACCAGUGCGGCUUUUAAUCAACCAUAAAGCACCAAUAUAUUUACCGUUGUGGCAUUCCAGUAAACCUCCACUUCCAGUAAAGCUGUGGGGUGUUGACAUUGUUAGUGGAAAUGCCAUAAACUGGCUGGAAUGUGUGGCCAAAGACAAAAAAGUUACACUCAAACCCAUUGGAAGAGACAAUGAAGAUCUCAUAUCCAAUGUCUUACUGCAUUUACCACAGUCUGAGAAAAAGUCAGUGGAGACCAUAGACAUUGGACAGAAAUUAGUUGAGCUUGGUUUUGCUCAGGCUUCAGUUCCUGUAACCAUUCAGAAGAAAACUGUAGAAUCACAACUGGCAUCAUAUAUUAUAUCAGCUGAAUCAUCCGCAAAGAAGUAUCGAAAGGGGAUUUGCUAU